GGCAAUAAAGCAUUCAGGAAAGGCGAUACUAAGGUUCAAAAAAGAGUAAUAGGAGUUAAAUCUAAGUGCUCCCAACUGACUGAGGAGGGUGUAGCCAAAAAUUCCUCUCAACUCCACAGUUUUAAGCGCCCCAGAAAAAAAGGAACUAAAGGAGUUGACGAGGAAAAAAGUAAUUUCGAUUCAAUCGGUCCAGUUUAUAAAUGCCCUUUUUCAGAGUGUGUUAUGAACGGAGAACACAAUUUACUUCGGAGACACAUUAGAGCGCAUAAACAGAAAGGAGAGGACAAUAUGUUUACUUGCGAAAUAUGUGAAAGUGGUGGUGCAGUAACGAGAAAAUGGAAGAACAUCCAAAGUUUUGUUAGCCAUGUGUUACAGAAGCAUGUGCUUGCCAAUCAAGUUGUGAAAGGAACUUUCACAAGAAGCCGAUUUAAAGGACCCUCUUUUCUUGUCCCUUUAUUAAACAGGCCUGAACACUUUUUUGAAUGGCCAGAGAGUGUUAUAAAUUACGAUGUUUUAAACAAUUGCGCUGCUUUAGAGUGUCUUCGCCAAAGUUCGCCAAAGUUUUGUUUUUCUAACGCUGAUGAAAUCCAUCGAUUACCUUCAUUAAAAAGCAAAUUUUUUGGUGAAGAACAGGGAAUAGUUUUGGAAACAGGAGGUCCUGUUUGGUGCAUGGAGUGGGUGCCCAACAUCCCCGUUGGAGAAAAGCAAUAUUUGACCAUUGCAGCACGCACGGAAGAAUGUUCCCGACUUUCUAAUGCUAAAAAUAUAUAUAAAUGUGCUUUGAUUCAGUUAUGGGAAUGCGACUUCUCUGCUAUAAGGUUGCCUAUUUUUUCCUAA